CAAGAGGAGAUCGUGCUGCUGCCCAGCACCUCGGGGUGGCUCAGAUCUGCUGGAGGCCCCAGGAGAGAAGGUGGAUGCUGCUCUCUCUGGUCCCAGCCAAAGUUGAUCAGAUGCUUCUCUCACUGCCUCAGGCAGCCCCAUAAGAAGAAUCUGGAGAAUGACUGAGCUGUGGCAGGUGAGGGAAUGAACCCAAAACUUCCUGACGUGACUGUGUGGAAGGCCAGCAGGCAUUUGAAUGUCUGAGUGUGCCAUCUCCCAGUGGCCAUGUCAGAAGGGGAGAGCAAGGACAGCUCGGGCAGCGAGUGCCCCGUGUGCUACGAGAAGUUCCGGGACCUGGAGGGCGCCAGUCGGACGCUGAGCUGUGGCCAUGUGUUCUGCCAUGACUGCCUGGUCAAGUACCUGCUGUCCACCCGUAUAGAUGGGCAGGUCCAGAGGACCCUGGUCUGCCCCAUCUGCCGCUACGUCACGUUCCUCAGCAAGAAGAGCUCCCGCUGGCCCUCCAUGCUGGACAAGAGCUCCCAGACCCUGACUGUGCCUGUGGCCCUGCCCUCCGUGCCCCCACUGGACAGCCUGGGUCACACAAACCCCUUGGCCGCCUCCUCCUCCUCCUGGAGGCCACCCCCGGGCCAAGCCAGGCCGCCGGGCAGCCCGGGCCAGAGCACCCAGCUCCCCCUGGACCUGCUGCCCAGCCUGCCCCGGGAGUCGCAGAUCUUCGUCAUCAGCCGCCACGGGAUGCCCCUGGGGGAGCAGGACAGCGUGCUGCCCCGCCGCAGCCUGGCAGAGCUCUCAGAGGCCUCCCCGGCGCCCCGCUCCGCCCGUGCCUUCUGCUGCCGAUCGCGGGCCCUGCUGCUCAUCACGCUCAUCGCCGUGGUGGCCGUGGUGGCCGCCAUCCUGCCCUGGGUGCUGCUGGUGAGGAAGCGGGCAUGAGGCACACAGCAGGGAGACCGCCGGGCUGGCCGUGGCCUGGGGUGGGACGGGAGGCCCCACGGCAGCCCUGGUGCCACCAAGCUCCGAAGGGCACGCGGGCAGGCAGAGGGGAGGUCCUGGGCACAGAGAGGGCCCUGGGCUUCCCCGACCCCCGCAGGGAGGCUGGAGCUGACUGCAUGGGCGCAGCGUGUUUCCCCUCGUGAAUCCUCAGCAGAUGCGUUCCCCUUCCAUCUAGGCUGGGAAGAUGGGUGGUUACUGCCCUCCUGCAGGCUCACCAGCCCUGAGCGGCAGACCUUACCUGCCAGGUGUCCUGCCCAAAGCCAGGUGGGCCCCUCCAGGGACAAGGAAGCCCUGCCGGCAGAUGUCCUACUGGGUGGUCGAUGGCAGGAUCCUCCAGGCCAGAAUUCCCACCCAGGAUUUGUGGCUUGCCCUAGGGAACAGACAGAAGGGGCGCCCAGAAUCUCAGCACUCACCCCUGACCUCCACCACAGUACCCCAUCCCCAAGCCCUCCCUGUCCCCAACCUGCCAGCUUAGAAGGGCUUCCCUGAAGGAGAAGCUGAUCUCAGAGGCUGCCUCAGAAUUUCUGGGAGAAUGAACAGAAACUGUUCUUCCCGGAGAGCUGAGGCCAGAUCUAGAGACAGGGGUUUGUUGAUAGACGCCACCCUAGCAGAGUGCCCCACGGACGGAGCCAGGGGUCUCCCUGAGCCCUCCAGGCCCAAGGAGGGAUCCAAACUUUGAGUCCUAGGGUUCUCAAGGGUGGCAGGGAGUGGAGGGGAAGCCUGACAGGCGAGCCUUGAGUCAGCUGAGAACUAUGUGGGCAAACGAACCCCUGGGGACUCCCACCUCCCUCCCAGCUGGUCCUCCUCCUCAUGACCCAGCCACUCAUUCAGAAGCCACACCAGCUGGGCCAGUUUCCUAGGUGGAUUGCCAGGCUGGGCUGGGUGAGGAAGGGUGGGGAGGAAAACAGCUAUGCUUGUCAGGGACGCCGCCAUCUCAACUGACGAAUGCUGAGGCCCAGGUGCCAUCAGCUGCUCCCCAGGUCUCUUUGCCUGGGGCCCCCAAGUGGGACUAUGAAGAGCCUCAGGUUGGGUCUAGCCUGAGUCAUUCGGGGAUAGCUAUUGGCUGUUUAUUGAGGUCCGUAAGUCAACCAACGCCUUUCAACGGAAAACAACAAAAUCCUCCAGCAAUUAUCUCAAAUAAGUGGCGGCCUGCACCCAGCUGUGCCCACGGUUGAGCUCUCCCAACUUCCCCCAACCUAUACCCCUCUCAGCAAUUUGCUGUCUGUGGGGGAAGAAAUAGCAGUCUACAUUUUAUCUAGUUCCUAAAUGCCUGCAGUGGCGGUCAUCUGGGGACCGCUGGGGAAUUGGGCCCUACUACAGGGGAUAUUUGGGACAUAGCGAAGCCUGCUUUGAAAGCAUUUGUGGGCUUCUCUGUGCUCAUUUCAAGAUUACAGAAGUGGCCGGGUGCAGAGGCUCACGCCUGUAAUCCCAGCACUUUGGGAGGCCGAGGCGGGUGGAUCACGAGGUCAGGAGUUCGAGAUCAGC